AUGGCCGCUGCGGCAGCGACAGGCCUGUCAAUCACGAACCCAUUGAUCAAGUACCGGGCGCUGGUCGCGACGAAGCAGAUCGUGCCCGAUCAUGCGCAGCUGCGCCUGGCAUUGCAUCUCCAGAAGCUCUACGACCGGUUGAAAGACUACGAACCCCAGGUAGAAUACAGUGCUCGACUUGAUCAGAUCUCUAAAGCUGUCAACGCGCAACGGACUACCGCAUACACCGACGAUGAAUCGCCACCAUCAGCGUCUAAGACAUGGCGGACCUUGCUGGCGGCGAAGCAGCAAAGGGACAGUCUGGCCUUGACAAGACGUUUAACCAGCCAUGAGUCCGCCUUGCAAUUGACUUCACCGAAAGGAUUGAUGCUGCAUGGUGAAGUUGGGACUGGAAAGUCUAUGCUUAUCGAUCUCUUCGCGGACUCCCUGCCUACUCGUAAGAAACGACGAUGGCACUUCAACACUUUCAUGCUCGAAACAUUCGCCAAGCUCGAAGCUCUACGCCGUUCACGGACGAUGAUGCAAACGAGGUCGUCCGUAGGUGCUAACGACGACGAUAGCUACUCGCUUCUUUGGCUGGCCAAGGAUAUGGUCCAAACAUCGCCCAUACUAUUCCUUGAUGAGUUCCAAAUGCCCGAUCGUGUGGCGAGUAAGAUCUUAACUAACCUCAUGACAUCCUUCUUCCACCUUGGCGGUGUGUUGAUAGCCACUUCGAACCGUAUGCCUGAGGAGCUGGCGAGAGCGGCUGGUGAAGACUUCCCUCUACCUGUACCUUCGCGCUUGGAGACGCUCGGGUGGCAAUUCGGUGUUUUUAGAAGGAAGGAACGAGGGUAUGGGCUCUUUGGGGGUGCCAACGAGUUUGCAGCAUUCCUCGAAGUGCUCAAGGCGCGGUGCGAAGUUUGGGAGAUGGCGUCCGGGAAGGAUUACAGAAGGCUUGAAAGCGGGUCAGUCCUUGAUGGACACGAUGACAUGCAGCACAGCGCUGGAAUGCCUGGGUGGCCUGCAGCGGAGCGUCCAGCAGAUUCAGUCCCCGAGCAGGUCAAUGAUGGCGUGGUGCAAGCCACAGCACCUCGAUACUUCAACGUGCUGUCGGGAGAUAACGACCAGCAGACACCACUACAAUCUGCUAUUGCCACGGCCACAGGACAGGCACACCUCGACAGUGUGCCUUGGCAAUCGGCCACUUUACGGGUGUAUGGACGUACAAUUCCAGUGCCACGGUCGUGCAAUGGCGCAACACUGUGGACCUUUGACGAACUAUGCAAAACAUCAUUAGGGCCUGCGGACUACAUUACACUUGCGUCGAGCUACCACACGCUUAUUCUAACAGACGUACCUGUCAUGACAUGGCUGAUGAAGAACGAGGCUCGCCGUCUCAUCACCUUGCUUGACGCUCUAUACGAGUGCCGAUGCAAACUAUUCGUAAGCGCCGCAGCAGGACCGGAUGACAUCUUCUUCCCUGAGAAGAAAGGGGAUGAAACUGAAAAUGGUGACUCUGUCUACUCCGAGACAAUCUCCGAGGUGUAUCAAGACGCAACGGCGCCCUUCCGUCCAAACAUCUUGUCGCAGAACCCGAACUAUGCAGAGCCGGAUCCUGAGCCGGACUAUACGCACGCCCGCCUGGCCGGUCUACUGAACGCGGACGCGCUCGAAGAUGAUCCACCAAACAAGCCAGCGCAGCGACGCAGUCCGUUCGACGAGCCACGCUACACAGCGCCUCGUAGCUUGGACUUUGGCAAAACCAGCGCUUUCACUGGAGAAGACGAGCGUUUUGCUUACAAGCGCGCUCAAAGUAGGCUGUGGGAGAUGUGUGGCUCGCGAUGGUGGGCGCGUGCAGAGCCUGACUGGCAUCGGCCCCUACCGCUGGAUGUGCGUCGUUGGGAACGCACCAUCGAUGAACAGGAUCGCGCUCAGUCGCCAGCUCCAGCUGCAGGAGAGCCUGCACCGCUGAUGGAUGGUAGUGUUGGGUUGUCAACAAUUGACAGCAGCCGGGAUGAGCGGAGUUUCCGGUACCCGGACAGCUUCAGCCCUUUCCGUGCAUCAAAUGAGCCUCCGCCCAAGUUUAGCUGGACUCACAUAUGGUCAAUGGCGCCAUGGGGACCCAAGGCUGGCCGCUGGGGUCAAGGUGUGGAGGGCUCGAAGAAAAGUGGCUCCGACAAGCGUUGA